AUUUUUUGACACGUUAAUCGUUAACUAGAAUUUAAUUCGUUCAAUAUGGUUUUCAAAUUUGUUAAUAUAAUAUAUUAGACCUAGGACCUAUUUAUAAAAAAGCCUCUUUAUUAAGUUAUUGCAAAUUUUCUUAUGACAAAAAUGUAAGUGGUGCUAGCUUAAAUAAAUAAAUAAGUUAAGGCCUAAACUCAUGAAACGGGUACGCCGGUCCGUAUGCCGGUCAGGUAGCCGUAGUAUUACCGUACUCUAUUAAGCAAUAAUGCAUUCUAGAAGGAAGGAAUGCUGAGAGGGCGAGAGAAUUGCGGUAAUAAAAAAUAUGAAUGGUACAAAAAUAAUAGUUAGGGUGAUAAAUAAUAAAUUUUAAGGCGGGGAGACCGAUAGUUCACAAAGAAUAAGAAAUAGACCCUACAUUGCCCUUAACUUAAUAUCAUAUGAAUAUUAAUGUGCAUGGUCGUAUUUCAACCAUCUUGCUUUCACUAUGCAUUGGCAAAAUCACUAUGCAUUGGCAAAAUGUGCACACGAUAUCAACGGUUCAUUCACAACCUUCAGGCUCACAACAAAUCUUUUGGAAAAAAAAACGAUUUUAGUAACUUACAGCGCGGUAGCAAACUGUAUAAUGUAUAGCAAAGUCAUAGGUCUGCAUUUAUCCUGUUCAUGACGGAAUUUGUUUCCAGAAUGGCAUGGCAUGGCAUGUGCGGCAUGGCAUGGCAUGUGCUAUUCUCAGGGUAAAACACGACGUUUUCUCAUGGACAUGCGCAUGGGACAGGAUUUUCGCUAUUUCAAAGUUUUUUAUUGGUUGUUUAUGUUAAGAAAUCGAUCCUUGCCGGGGGGGGUGGGAUGACAAUACCCGUCUCCGAAUUGGUUUUUCCCGGCCUACUCAAAUCACGACUCUGGAUAGAGGUUGUCCACAAAGGACGUCCGCACAACAAACUUACCCGGAAAGGGGGGUGGGUGCUGAUGUCCCCCGACAAUUUUUACUAAUGUGUAAUGCCAAUGUAAAACUAAUUCAGUGAUAUUUAAUUGUUGUUAAAAGAUUUUUAAAAAUCACUGCAGUGUUUUGUAUUGAUCAUCAUAUUGUCUACUGUUGUUUUGUGUUGACAAUCGCUUGAUAUCACAAUGACAAUGCCUCGGACAACUUUAACUUCACUACUUCAUGAUCAAUGUAUGUGAUUCUCUUCCCGUAACUGCCGUAAUGUAUUUGUGGCCUAAUUAUAUCUUGGUGCUAACAAAAUUGAUACACUGGCUUCCCAUUCAUUUUUUUAAACCACGCCCCGAGGAUCACAUACAAUUUUAUAAUUAUAAUACCCCCUCCCCCCCAAAAAAAACAACUGGGGGGGAGAAUAAUUUCAAAUUAGCUGCCCUUAGCUAUGCCUAUUAAGAUUCACAAUCAUAGGCUAAAACUUACUCCAAUUAAUAAAUAUAUUUGUAUUUCAUUAUAUUGGGGGAAAUAAAGUAAAGUGGUUAACUUUAAAAAUAAAUCGUGGUUUAACAUUACUCCCCCAGCCCCCUCCCUUCCAAUAAAUAAUAAGAAAUGCUCUACAGGUACUUUGCCACAUAAGCAUAAGCGUGGAAAUUACACAAUAUUAUCUUCCCAAGGUACUAAACGAAUUUUUAAAUAAAUAGUUUUCAGUUUUAACAAGAAUAUAACAUUAAAUCUACAAGUACCGGUUAGGCCAAAAAGUUAAAGAAUCUAAAAGACCAUGGUUUUGCGACUUUAAAUCACUGCAGUGUACGCAGGCUACAGACAAUGAUUUUGCUAUGUACACCGCCGCUGUGUACGCAGGCCAAAGUGAAUAGUUUCGCUAGGUACACUGCCCCAGUGUACGUAGUGCCAGCCUCUCUUAAUACUUAAUAAAGGGCCGAUAUAGUGGUAGCCUAGCCUACUUCUCAUGCAAUACUAAAUACUAAUCCUGAAAUACAACUUUAUUGACAUUGGUCUAUUGAAGUCUACUGGUCUUAUUUUAUUUUAUUUAUUUGGUUCAUAUUUUAAAUUUAGGCUUCAAGGUAGAGCUUUACAACAUGUAUUAACCAAGAUAAGGGACUUUUUUCUUUGAAGAGUCGGAUCAAAUAGACUAGUAAUUGUAGUAGUAAUAGUACUACUAGUUAGUAUAUAGGCCGACUAGUUUAAUAUUCAAAGUCAAACACUUUAUGUAUCUCAGAGCAUUUGAAUAUAUUAACAUGUUCAGCAUUUAUUUAUUAUCUAGGGAUCGGAAUAUCAAAUGCAAUGCCGGACAUAUAUCUGCCACACUAUUUGUCUGGCAUGUCGGACAUGCAGACACUUCAUUUGAUUUUGCCUCAGACACUAUUUUCCAUUGUCUGUAUCUUCCUUAAUUUAAUAGAACAUUUUUUGCUUUGUUUUUAGCAUUUUUCCUGUUCUAAAGACAAGACCUUGGUCUCUCAUCACUAGUGUUUGCAGUCCCUUUUUUAAAGAGCUCCUUAAACCUUUGAAGGAGACUUUUUAUGCACAAGAGACUGGGUCUGCUGAAACAGCUAAUAUGGAGAACAAGCAGGAAGCUAUUAGGUAUUACCAGUUCUAGAUUUAACUAUAUAUAUAAUUCGCCAGCAAAGGUUAAACACCACCACCACCACGCAGGCUAUAUAUAGUUACGCCAGAGUGUGGUUCAAUAAUGAGCUCACUAGCCCACAAAAUAUAAUUCCCGAUAACUACGCUAAAUGAUAUAUAUAUUUUUUUAAUAACGCAAUUGCGUUUGGUGCGUAAUAUUUUCUUUUGGGAAAUGAAAUUGUCUCAAUUUAAGUAUUGUGUGAAAAAUAUUUGGUUUAAAAGUGGUUGGGACAUGAUAAUAUCAAUAUAGUUCAUGGGCGUGAAAUAAAAAGUGUGGAGUGUCGUAUCAUGGGGGAAGGGGUGUAGCAAAUGUUGGGAUUCUUAAAUGUGCGUUACUUGAGUUAAAUGUUUUGUCAAGUAACUUUACUAGAUGGGAAGUUCAUGCCGCCAAUGUUUGGCGGGUUCUUUCUAGGUUAUUAUAUUUUGUUGCAAAAUGCUGUUGUCUGAGUGCUAUAAGGCUUGAUUUGAUGAUACUUUUGAUAAUUUGACUUAUUUUUCAUUCAGUAAAGUUAUCUCAUAUCGAAACUUGUUCAUAUACCUGUUCUGCAUACAUAGAAAAAUGUUGGAAAAACUUUUGUGUCCAUUUAACAAUGGGUGUGCUUUGGCGUCAGAUUUGUGCAUUUUACUUCACAGUUUUCUAAUAAUAAAUUAAUUUUGUCAUCGAAUUCAUUAAAUAAUUGUCUUCCGGUAAUGCACAUACAAUUUAUUCAAGUGCGCAUCUGUUCUUUUCCUGUGUCACUUUCACUAUUUUGUAAGCUAUAAAAAUGUCUUAAAUAGUAAUUUUGAUCAAUUUAACAUUCUGUAAACCUAAAAAUGCUGUUUAUUAUCUAUAUUUCAUUGGCAAUAAAUAACUUUAAAUUAGUCCAUUUACUCCUUUCCCUUGAACUUGAGCCCUUUUAACCAGAUGAAAAAAAGUAAAUUUUGCCAUUUUUUUGUAUCUUCACUGGGAACAGAAUUGGCUCUUGAUAGCAAUCAAUAUAAGAGUUUUAAUACUCUUAAAUAUUUUGUCUAAAUAUUUCAGGUAAACUUUAAAAUGCAAUACAGAAAACAAUACUAUAAAAAUUUUAAUUUAAACUUGCUUCCACCUGCUAUGACUAGGCCAACACUAUUCUAUCCUCCUAUUAGUUUUAGUGUAUUUAAUUAUAACAUUUCAUUACUUGUUUAAGUCAAUUUUUUUUAAAGACUUCUACUUACCUUUUAUAACUAUAAGCAUUGAUUUAAAUUUAACUGAAGUAUUUUUAAUUAAAAUCCCUAAAACUAGUAAAACAAAUUAUUUGUGCCUCUGCCCCUGUAAAUGAUCAUUUUCCAAUUAUUCUUUUCAGGAUUUUUUAACUGUCCUGAAAAAAAAAAAUUUAAAAUAAACAAAAAGUCUGGAUGUUAUGUAAAAGUUUAGUUGUUCAUUGUUUUUUAUGCUGCAUUGAGAGAAGAGAGUCUCAGAAAAAUGUGGUAGCAUUAUCUUUUAAAAUAAAAUGUUGUUUUCAAAAUAGGGCAGAAAUGUGGAACGUUGGUCACAAGUUUUCACAAUUGAAUACAAAGAUAAAUAAGGGGCUUUAGAAUUCACAAAAGAAUCAUAUAAUCAUUUCAAAAAGCUAGAAAGAUAAAUGUGAUUUUUGUGUAAGGCUUAUAGCCAGCCCCUUUAAAUGAUGUAUCUUUAUUGCAAUCAGACAAUAUUUAAAUGUAAAUCAAAGUACUUAUCAUUAUAUUAUCUUAAAUGAUUUUCUUUAUUUUUAAAUAAAAAUGAAAAAAUAUGGCUAGGCGUAUAAUGAUAUCUAUACAUAUUUAUAUUUUUAUUUUGUUGUAAACAAUAAUCAAUAAAUGAAAUGUUAAAUGUUAGCAAGAAUAUAACAUAUUCUGAGAUGACUAACACUGUAUGUGAUUUAGAUGGAGAUGAAUAACACUACUAACAAGGUUUAAGGAUGAUGGUUCAAAGAAAAUUGAUUAAUUUAGUGGUUUCAUCAUCUUAAAUGCUAUUUUAUUUUAAGUUUUUAAUUUUUUUAUUAGAAUUGGAACCCCAACUUAAAAUUUGUAGAACUUUCAUGUUUUUUAAAAACAAUUUGAUUGUAAUAUUUUGUUGCAGGACUCGCAAGCGAGGACGUCCCAUGGAGUCUGUGGAAUACUCAGACUUGGAAUCAUCAACCCUGUUUCCUCACAUUCCAACGUUAUCAAGUCCUGAAGUAACUUCUGAUAAAGGCAGGACCAUUGGCAGUGACUUAAACAGUAUUAUGUUGCUUAUGUUCUUGUACAUAUUACAGGGUAUUCCUCUUGGCCUGUCUGGCAGCAUACCCAUGUUGCUGCAAAGUAGAAAGGUAAGAAGCUUGAGCACCAAAGGAUAAAUCUUUUAUUCAGCCAAAGCGUUUGUUUUCCUUAGGAAGUUGAUGCUUGUUAAAAUUACUUGCAGCGUGUAUAGGAAUGAAUCUGUCUGGAAACAUAUACAAUCUGAAACAACACAGUCCGGUGAUGGUGAAUCAUUUGGACAUUGGGGUGUAAAUAAUUCUUACUAUUCCUAGCAUGACCAUUCCACGGCUUCCUUCUCCCACUCUAACCCCAACGAUUAUUCUUCCUGAAUUUACCUUUUUAUUUAUGAUAAAUUAUAUAGUCAUGGCCUUUUUCUUUUUUUAAUAACCUUCAAUAUACAAUAGAUGUCUGAUAAGUUUACUUAUGAUACGAGUUCUUCAUGAUCAUUUGCAGGUCAGCUACACAGAUCAAGCUUUGUUCAGUUUAGUCUACUGGCCAUUCAGUGUAAAACUGUUGUGGGCUCCUCUGGUAGACUCUAUUUAUGUUCAGUGGUUUGGCCGUAGGAAAACAUGGCUCAUCCCUAUACAAUACCUCAUGGGUCUGUACCUUUUCAAUAUUUAUUAGUAGAUUUCAAUUCCUUGUAAGUUUGUACCUUUUCAAUAUUUAUUACUAGAUUUCAAUACCUUAUGAGUUUGUACCUUUUCAAUAUUUUAUUAGUAGAUUAUAAUACCUCAUUGGUUUGUACCUUUUCAAUAUUUCCUAGUAGAUCACAAUAACUAAUGGGUUUGUACUUUUUCAAUGUUUACAGGAAGUUUCAUUUGUAUCUUUUCUUGAAAUGAAUGGAUGAUGAUAGACUAGCAAGGCUGUGGAGCAAUGGUGUUCAUGAUCUUAUUCAUACUCAUGAGAAGCUGUAUUUCUUGUCCUGUUCUCUGAUCUGUGUUAGAACUUGCUGUACAGUCCAUGUUUAACUGUCCAACCUCCAUAAAAAUCAUGUUCACCAUCAUCAUGCCCCUUGGUCUUUAGACCGUUGGGGCGCCACAGAUGACAUGUGAACUAUCCUCCUCCAUUCGUCUCUGUCUUCUGCACGUCUCACAGCAUCGCCUAGUUUCAGUCCCGUCCACUUUUUGAUGUUGUCUUCCCAUCUUUUUCUUUGUUUUCCUCUUCUUCUCCUUCCUCAUGUUGAAAAUGGAUAAAUAAAUGUUUGAUGUAAAUUGACUCUAUACUUUUUAAAUGCCGUUUGUAUCAUCUGGUGACUACAGGUCUAUUCAUGCUGAUUCUGUCCACCCAAGCCAAGUAUCUGCUGGGAGAUGAUCCUGAGAUGAAAGAUGUCAAUAUCUUGGGACUUACUCUGAUCUUUGUUUUCCUUAACUUCCUGGCAGCCACACAGGACAUUGCUGUAGAUGGCUGGGCAUUGACCAUGUUGUCCAGGUAAGAAUUUAUGCAGUUAAAUAUGGUUUUGUAUUGAAACAACUUUAUCAAUGAUUAUCUAGUGGCAUUUUAUUUUUAACUAAGAAUUUUAUGAUCUGUUUUAGGUCAAAUAUUGGUUGGGCAAGUACAUGUAACACAGUAGGACAAACGGCUGGAUAUUUUCUGGGUAAUGUCCUCUUUCUGUCCCUGGAGUCAGCUGAUUUUUGUAACAAAUACUUGAGGAGUGUUCCACAAUCUGAGGGGAUAUUAACUCUGUCAGGUAACUACACUCUGAGGGGUACUAACUAUGGGGUACUAACUCUGUCAGGUAACUACACUCUGAGGGGUACUAAGUAUAUCAGGUAACUACUUUCUGAGGGGGUACUAACUCUGUCAGGUAACUACACUCUGAGGGGUACUAAGUAUGUCAGGUAACCACUUUCUGAGGGGGUACUAACUCUGUCAGGUAACUACAGUUUAAGGGGGUACUAACUCUGUCAGGAAACUACAGUCUGAGGGGAUACUAACUCUGUCAGUAAACCACAGUCUUUGGGGGUACUAACUCUCUUAACUCAUUCCCGACGGUUGCGACUAAAUGCAUCCUCUGGGGGUUCCUCCUGAUGCGUCCAAAUGCGUCCCAGUGCAUAGCGACACACCUCUCUUAUUUUUAGUUAAAAAUAGCAAUGAAAUCUUGCGUCCCUCGAGACUUCCGGCUAUGGCGUGAUUUCUGCGUGAUUUUAAUUUAGAAACCGGAAGUUUUUAUCUUGUUUCACUUUAAAACUACGUGUGCUUGAGCAUGACGCAUCUAUAUGUAGCAUGUGUUCAUCCGAGGUGCUGAAAAUCGAUUUUUUGGCCAUUGUUCGUUACUUUUUCCCCGCUAAUGUUAUAUUUAUAUUAAACCUUAUUCGUUUUUUUGUUGGAUUUGUUCUUAAUUUAUUAACAUUAAAUAAUAUUUAGCAACUUAAAAAAUAUUUUAAAAAUGUAAAUCAAUUUCAAAACUGAGUUGCUUCCCUUUUCUCAGGAAAAUAAAUUAAGUCCGGAAGUAGCACUGCCGGAGGGAAUGAGUUAAGCUUCAUUAAAAGUUUUAUUUUACCCAAUCAAUCACCUGGCACCUUUUCACAGACCCUCAAUGGGAGCCUUAGACCUCAGGUUAAAAACUCCUGCAAAAGACAGUGGUUAUGAAGCUGGGGUGUGAUAGGUUUUGCACUUUAAUGUGAGGCCAAGUAGGGGUCCAUGGAGCACAGGUCAAGAACCCUUACUAGGCAUCAUCAAAAUGACAGAUAUAUGAUAGUUCUUGUAUAAUAUAAACUGAUUUUUACAAUUUAAUGUACCAUCUUUAUAAAUUGACUAUUUAUAUAGAAAACUAUUUACAUGGGUUAAAAAACUGCCACUUUGACCUGGUCUCAAAUGUCAGUCAGGAUUUUGUCAGAAACUAUGUUUCAGCUAUUCCUCAUUGCUAAUGUUUCAGCUAUUCCUCAUUGCUAAUGUUUCAGCUAUUCCUCAUUGCUAAUGUUUCAGCUAUUCCUCAUUGCUAAUGUUUCAGCUAUUCCUCAGUGCUAAUGUUUCAGCUAUUCCUCAUUGCUACUGUUUCAGCUAUUCCUCAGUGCUAAUGUUUCAGCUAUUCCUCAUUGCUAAUGUUUCAGCUAUUCCUCAUUGCUAAUGUUUCAGCUAUUUCUCAUUGCUGUUUCAGGUUUCCUGUGGUUCUGGGGGUUUGCAUUUUUUGUGACUACUACCCUGGUGGGGAUCUUCAAGAAAGAACACAUGGACUUAGAUGCUGACCCGGACCAGGGGAUUGUAGAGACAUAUAAGAGUCUGGUCAAAGUCAUCUGUCUAAAGCCUGUCAUUUCGUACACCAUUAUACUACUAACCUCCAAGGUAUGGCCAAAUACUGGAAUGGUGGACCAGCUUUGAAAUUGCACCCGUGACCAACAUCAGAUUUAUAAAAGAUAUUUUCAAUUUAUUUGACAAUAAAUAUUCAUGCUGUGGGGACCAGCAACAUAAGGCUCGCGAUGUGGUGCCGGUCCGCUGACCACAAUCAGGGGGAGGCUGCUAAAAAGCCUGACCUAACCCAUAUUACACAAGUCCAUUUAAAAAAAAAAUGAAAAGAUUGGCAACCCCAAUUAGUUCAAAACAUUAUAAUUUGCUAAGAGAAAAGUAUUACGAUUAGAUGCUGUAUUAAAAGAUGGUGGUCAGAGAAAAGUAUGAAAAAUAGAUGCUGUUUUGUAAUUAUAAUAUGGGGAGAGAAAAGUAUCACAAAUAGAUGCUGAAUUAUAAUAUGGUUAGAGAAAAGUAUCACAAAUAGAUGCUGGAUUAUAUUUAUAAUAUGGUAAGAGAGAAGUAUCACAAAUAGAUGCUGUAUUAAUAAUUAUUAUAAAUUAUUCAAACUUUAAGACAGAGCGUUUACUGUUUUUCUGUGACCUCACAAAAACCCCAUCAUGGGGUCACAACUAAUGGGUUGAGAACCAGGGCUGUAGAAAAUGUCCUUGAACAUCAUAUCCUUGACCUAGAAAUUGUCGGUGAGUCCAUUUUUUGUUACUGUAUACCUUUCCUUGACCCCAUCAUAUCUUCUGAAAUAAAUUCAUUCUAACUAAGGUUGCUUUUGCUGCUGCCGAUGCUCUGACUGGUCUGAAACUUAUGGAGGCUGGGAUGCUCAAAGAGAAAUUAGCCUUGUUUGCUGUUCCUAUGGUGCCCAUUCAGAUUGCCCUCCCCUUGCUCAUUAGCAAAUACACAUCUGGUCCGAAGCCUUUGGAGAUAUGGUUGAAAGCAUAUCCUUUCAGGUAAAAUAAAGUAAAUCUCAUUAGGUAAAACAGUAUGAAAGUAUACCCAUUAGGUAAAACAGUAUGAAAGUAUACCCAUUAGGUAAAACCGUAUGAAAGUAUACCCAUUAGGUAAAACAGUAUGAAAGUAUACCCAUUUGGUAAAACAGUAUGAAAGUAUACCCAUUAGGUAAACAGUAUGAAAGUAUACCCAUUAGGUAAAACAGUAUGAAAGUAUACCCAUUAGGUAAACAGUAUGAAAGUAUACCCAUUAGGUAAACAGUAUGAAAGUAUACCCAUUUGGUAAAACAGUAUGAAAGUAUACCCAUUUGGUAAAACAGUAUGAAAGUAUACCCAUUAGGUAAACAGUAUGAAAGUAUACCCAUUAGGUAAACAGUAUGAAAGUAUACCCAUUUGGUAAAACAGUAUGAAAGUAUACCCAUUAGGUAAAACAGUAUGAAAGUAUACCCAUUAGGUAAACAGUAUGAAAGUAUACCCAUUUGGUAAAACAGUAUGAAAGUAUACCCAUUUGGUAAAACAGUAUGAAAGUAUACCCAUUAGGUAAAACAGUAUGAAAGUAUACCCAUUAGGUAAAACAGUAUGAAAGUAUACCCAUUAGGUAAAACAGUAUGAAAGUAUACCCAUUAGGUUAAACAGUAUGAAAGUAUACCCAUUAGGUAAACAGUAUGAAAGUAUACCCAUUAGGUAAAACAGUAUGAAAGUAUACCCAUUAGGUAAACAGUAUGAAAGUAUACCCAUUAGGUAAAACAGUAUGAAAGUAUACCCAUUAGGUAAAACAGUAUGAAAGUAUACCCAUUAGGUAAACAGUAUGAAAGUAUACCCAUUAGGUAAACAGUAUGAAAGUAUACCCAUUAGGUAAAACAGUAUGAAAGUAUACCCAUUAGGUAAAACCGUAUGAAAGUAUACCCAUUAGGUAAAACAGUAUGAAAGUAUACCCAUUAGGUAAAACCGUAUGAAAGUAUAGCCAUUAGGUAAAACUGUAUGAAAGUAUACCCAUUAGGUAUAGUGAGAAAGCCUUAUCACUAUGACAGCAAUCGUAAAGUGGUUUGAGAGUAUACCCAUUAGGUAAAACAGUAUGAAAGUAUACCCAUUAGGUAAAACAGUAUGAAAGUAUACCCAUUAGGUAAAACAGUAUGAAAGUAUACCCAUUAGGUAAAACAGUAUGAAAGUAUACCCAUUAGGUAAAACCGUAUGAAAGUAUACCCAUUAGGUAAAACAGUAUGAAAGUAUACCCAUUAGGUAAAACCGUAUGAAAGUAUACCCAUUAGGUAAAACAGUAUGAAAGUAUACCCAUUAGGUAAAACCAUAUGAAAGUAUACCCAUUAGGUAAAACUGUAUGAAAGUAUACCCAUUAGGUAUAGUGAGAAAGCCUUAUCACUAUGACAGCAAUCGUAAAGUGGUUUGAGAAAGCCUUAUCACUAUGACAGCAAUAGUAAAGGGGUUUGAGAAAGCCUUAUCACUAUGACAGCAAUGGUAAAGUGGUUUGAGAAAGCCUUAUCACUAUGACAGCAAUAGUAAAGUGGUUUGAGAAAGCCUUAAGUGUUGCCCAAGUCAUUUAAAUAAAAAAAAUGAUAAAUGCCCCCCUCCAGUUUGUAGUAUUUAUCUAACUGCGUUUUCAUCUUCAGAAUGUUGAUAGGUGUACUUUACUGUAUUGUUGUUUACUGGGCUGCAUCUGUACAGACUUCGCCCGGAGAAUUCCCUUGGUAUUUUUAUGUGGUGACAUUGGGAUUCUAUGGCCUACAUCAGGCAAGUCUGCACUUACGUUGCGAGUAUGUUCUUUGUCACAUGGUCUGUUUCAGAUAAAUUAUAAGAAUUGGAAAUAUGAACUCCAAUGAACUUAUGCUGUGUCAAAGAACUUGUGCUGUGUCCAAUGAACUUAUGCUGUGUCCAAUGAACUUGUGCUGUGUCCCAUUAACUAAUGCCAUGUCCAUCCAAUGAACUUGUGCUGUGUCCCAUUAACUAAUGCCAUGUCCAUCCAAUGAACUUGUGCUUUGUUCCAUGAACUAAUGCCAUGUCCAUCCAAUGAACUUAUGCUGUGUCCAAUGAACUUAUGCCCAAAGCACAACCAUCGAUGACGAGGUUAACCUCCGUAUUGCAAGAGCCGGUGCAACCUAUGGAAGAUUGACUAAGAACAUAUGGACCAGGAGAGGUAUCAACACUGAAACUAAACUAAAGGUUUAUCAGGCGGCUGUGCUCCCUACGCUUCUCCAUGCCGGUGAAAUGUGGACGGUCUACCAACGCCAUGCAAGAAUGCUGAACCACUUUCAUACAACAGGGCUCAGAAAAAUCCUCAAGAUUAAAUGGCAGGACAGGGUCCCAGACACUGAGGUGCUCACAUGGGCAGGUCUCCCCAGCAUCUUCACCAUCUUAAUGAAGUAUCAGCUUAGCUGGACGGGACAUGAUGUGAGAAUGUCAGACGACCGUCUGCUCAAAAGAAUUUUCUAUGGUGAGCUCAAACAAGGAAAGCGGUCUGCUGGCGGGCUGAAAAAACACUUUAAAGACAACCUAAAAGCCUCACUGAAAGCUUUGGACAUAAACACAGGCACGUGGGAGAAAAUCGCAAGGAUUGAAUUUCAUGGCGUUCCACUUUACACAGGAGCUCCAUGCAACAUCAAGUUGGCAGAAAAGCGGCUGCAGAGCGCAAGAGACAUGCCAGGAAGGCCCGGUCUGACUCUGCUCCCGGAGAUGCGCCAUCAUUCCCCUGCACCUACUGCACAAGAGAAUUUCGUGCCAGAAUCGGUCUCAUUAGCCCUUUGCGCACCCACAGACAGAACCAGCAAUAACUCUGAUGCUGCAAGUGGUCAUGGUCGACUCCCGACUGACGAACAACAACAGCAGUGUCCAUCCAAUGAACUUAUACCACGUCCAUUCAAUGGGUCUUGGAACCAGCAUAAGAUAAUUUCUUUGUAAAUUUUUUCAUUCAUUAUUUGUAAUUAUUAUUUCAACCAUUUGAGCUACUGCAGCUGAUGAAGACAUUUUUUCUACAAUUAAAAGAUUUAUGAAUAAAAUCUUCAGAAAUUAAUAUGUCCUUUAAUAACUUCAUGUUUUUUAAAUUCUUGAUGAAACUUGAUUUCAUAGGAAGGCAUCUUUUAUUCAGAUAUUCUUUAAGUUUUAUUACUUAUAGUUAAGCACUAUAUGAACUGAUCCUAACACAGGCCCUAUAUGUACUGAUCCCAACACAGGCCCUAUAUGUACUGAUCCCAACACAGGCCCUAUAUGUACUGAUCCUAACACAGGCCCUAUAUGUACUGAUCCCAACACAGGCCCUAUAUGUACUGACCCUAACAAUUUAAGUCAUUUAAUCUCAUUGACUUUCAAUUCUAUUUCAGGUUGCUGUUUACUGUAUGUUUGUAGCUCAAAUGGCCUUCCAUGCUAAAAUCAGUGAUCCAGUUAUUGGUGGUACAUACAUGACCUUACUCAACACAGUUGCUAAUUUAGGUAUGGUGGCUGGACAAGAUGUAUCUACAUCCCUAAUAAAUAACUUCUCCUUACAGUUGCCUUCUUACUGUUCCCUUCUCCUUACAGUUGCCUUCUUACUAUUCCCUUCUCCUUACAGUUGCCUUCUUACUAUUCCCUUCUCCUUACAGUUGCCUUCUUACUAUUCCCUUCUCCUUACAGUUGCCUUCUUACUAUUCCCUUCUCCUUACAGUUGCCUUCUUACUAUUCCCUUCUCCUUACAGUUGCCUUCUUACUAUUCCCUUCUCCUUACAGUUGCCUUCUUACUAUUCCCUUCUCCUUACAGUUGCCUUCUUACUAUUCCCUUCUCCUUACAGUUGCCUUCUUACUAUUCCCUUCUCCUUACAGUUGCCUUCUUACUAUUCCCUUCUCCUUACAGUUGCCUUCUUACUAUUCCCUUCUUCCUGCCAUUCUCUUCUUCUUUUAAUUUCCCUCCCCAUACAAAAAGUUAAUAUAAAUUUCUUUAUUUUUAUCACCCACAAAUGAUCAUUUCUAGACAUGUUCAAAUAACACUGUGUCCCUGAUAUUUUGUCAUAGGUUUUAUAUUCCAUUGAUCUAAUAAGUCUGUCAUCAGAAGAUGAAAGCCUUGGAAAAUGUGGGGAAAGAUCAAAUGGAUCAAUAGUUGUGUCGCGUUUAAACAUCCAAUGUUGACGUUGAUUUCUGUCACAUUGUGUGUCAUUUGUGUUAGUGUGGCCAUCAUUAAUGAAUGUUCUUAUCAAUGUGUGCUCUAUGUUGGCAACCAUUAAUGAAUGUUCCUAUCAAUGUGUGCUCUAUGUUGGCAACCAUUAAUGAAUGUUCUUAUCAAUGUGUGCUCUAUGUUGACCAUCAUUAAUGAAUGUUCUUAUCAAUGUGUGCUCUAUGUUGGCAACCAUUAAUGAAUGUUCUUAUCAAUUUGUGCUCUAUGUUGGCCAUCAUUAAUGAAUGUUCUUAUCAAUGUGUGCUCUAUGUUGACCAUCAUUAAUGAAUGUUCUUAUCAAUGUGUGCUCUAUGUUGGCCAUCAUUAAUGAAUGUUCUUAUCAAUGUGUGCUCUAUGUUGGCCAUCAUUAAUGAAUGUUCUAAUCAAAUUGAAAUGUCUGAUCUAUGUUGGCCUACAGGUGGCAACUGGCCCAGCACAUUGACACUAUGGGUUGUUGACCACGUCACAUGGAAAAGCUGCACUUCUGGGGGAAACUGUGAUAACAAAGAAAUGGAGAAGGUAUGUUUACUGGGGAAUAUUUAGCACAAGGUAAGGGGGAUAUAUUUACUGGGCAACUGUUAGCUGGAUGAGGGUAUUUAUUUUGUCAUUCUUUUAUACGGCUUUAUGAUCAAUAAUUUUUAUUUUAAAGUAAUGGUCUAUUGGUUGAAUUUGAAAGUAAAAUAUUAAGUAAAAUAAAUUGAUGCUUAUUGAGCCAAUAUUAGGAAUGUCAUAAAGUUUAACAAUGUAUUGCCUUUAAUCACCAGGCCUGUAAGUUAACAGAAGGCUCAUGCAUAACAACCGUUGAAGGCUACUAUGUUUUAUCUGCUGUUUGUUUCCUCGUCGGAGUGCUCUUCCUUUAUUCCCGGUCAAGUCGUCUCAGGGAUCUCGGGCGACUUAAUGAGAAAAGUUGGCGCUACAGCUUAACGAACAGCUUGUGACUUCGGCAGAAUGUUUAGGAAUCUAAAAUGUAAUGCAGUAAAAAAUGUAAUGUGGAUUAUUCUGGCUGGUGUGUGUUAGCCUAGUAAAUGUUAUAGUUUGUGAAAGCCUGGGUGUGUAAAACAGAAGUCUGGGUGUGUAAAACGGAAGUCAGGGUGUGUAAAUUAAAAGUGCAAGGUUUUCCCGACUAAGUAUGAUGCUUUCAGCUUUUUCUUUCUUGACUUAGUAAUGGGUAUACUGACUUUGACCUCAGUUUGUGCACUCUAUUAUUCCAUUAAAUAGAUCUAAACUAUGCCAUAGUCCUGGGCAAAUGUUACUCAAGAAUUCUAUUUUUUAAAUUUGUCCUUGAGAUCUGCACUAAAAAAAUGAAUUAAAAGCAGCAUUUAUAAAAUGGUAUGAAUUCAUUGUGAACACAUUUUAAGCCUUUGGAUUGCAUUGUACAUAUUCAUUUUCAGCCUACCGAUAAACAUUCUGAAAAAAAUGUAACAAUUUUAAAGUCAGCCACUUGUAUUGUAUUAUAAAAAUCUCACUUUCUUAAUGACAAUAUUAACUUUAUUAUAAUAAGAGUGAUUAUUUGAUUUUAUAAGAGCCGGGGAAUUAUGACAUAUUUGGGAACAAAUGAAUUUCUAUAUUUUUCCAAUCCUUACUUUGUAGGGAAGAAAUCGCGCUGAUCUUAAAUAACUGUGAUGACGUGUGUGUUACGUAUCUUCAAAAGUUUUUUUAAAUUUUACUGAUGCAUUUCUCAUGAAAUAUUUCUUCGACCUUGUGAGUAAUGCUUCAGCCAUGAGAGAAGUGCAGAUUGUAAAUAGCCUGUGUGCACACAUAUUUGUGAACAUCUAGAAAAAUACAUUUUAAUAUAUUUGAAUGAUUCUUUAUAAUACAUAAUAUAUAUAUAUGAGAUGUACAAUGAUAAGGUUUGGGCAUAAAAGGUGUAUGAGUUAUACUGUCUAUAGCAGGGCAUCAAUUUUCUGAAGUGAUUAGAGUUGGGUUCUUACCUUAUGCACAUAUGGUGCUUUAUGGUACAGUGCAGCUACUAUGCACACUGCAGUAGUCAUCAGCAGUGCAUCCUAAUCAAAGGAUUGAUUUGUUUUCUUAAAA